CUUUCUUUGAAAAAACAUGUUUCUUAUCCAGUUAUCCUCCUGGUUGAGCCAAAUCUAGUGCUAUCAUUUUUUCCAUAGCUGAAGGCAGAGCUGCUGCUCCAAUGUCUUCAUAGGUGAUGAGCCUUGCACUAAACCCAGCUACGAUAAUGUAAGAUAAAUGCCUACUACAUUUGAUCAAGAUCCAUUAUUCUUGUCAACCUAAUGGAUUAUGGAAUCCAGUACUGUUCUCUAUCCAAUAACAAGCUUGCCUCGUCAGUCAUUGGACAUGAUUUCUGUCAGUUACAGUCUCAUUGUCAUAUUUUUUAUUUGCACAAUUCAUAUGUCUAUUGACUUUUUAAAAAUUAGAAAACGUCGUGGUUUAAACUAUCAGCUCCUAAUAACCAUUGAUCCGUUCGGCCAUCGAUGUGUAAGGGGAAGGACUAUUCGGGUGAAAGCCUCAGGCAGAAUGCAAUCGACGCUGACGUUGGUGCGAAAGCAUGGUGGUUUAUCAAGCAUCCCACAUCGGAAGAUGUGACUAAGUGAACUGCUUUAUAAGAUUGGACAAUCUUAACAUUGGUAAGUCGGUUUUUCAAUGGUUAGUUAGAUCCAUGACAUAUUCAUCUUUGCUUAUGUUGGUGUGUGCGCCGCAUGUUAAGGGCCGGACCAUGUAAAGGGCUACCUUGUUGCGGAGGCCCGAAGCCCAAUGGUUAGUUUGGCGCAUGAGAGUUUCAUCCAAAUUGAAAUUACAGAAAUAUGGACUCUCAGUCUCUUCCCCAAUCCCUCUCUUGUUCUCCGCGACUGUGCAACUCUCUACUGCCCUUCCAAAACCCACUUCGUCAAUCCCAUUUUGUGGCCUCGUAACUCCACAAGACUUAGCAGUAAAAUGCCGUAUUUGCUGGUAAUUCGCGUGACCCGAAAGAGCCUCAGUUUUUCGAUGAAGACGGUGUCGAUGAAGACAUGGAUGGCGACCUCAACUACCUCUCUCUCGAAUAUGACUAUGCUGGGACACCAAGCCAUCCCGGUCAGCCUUUCCCUUCUUGGGUGUCAAUCUUGGACAAUAACACUUACCAGAGUACUAGUGAUUGCCUGUAACUGGCUAAUUUUGCAAUCGGUUGUGGUUACAACUUACAACGAUCUCAUGCAUACUGAUAUGUGCAUGGUGGUACACCUUUCUGUACUCUUAUCCUUAAGGUUUGAUCAUCUCCCACUAAUCUAUGUUUUUCUCUGCUCCUUGUUACACUUCUGCUCUUUUUUCGUUAUAAUGCAGAAGGGGACAAAUAAGACUGCCUGUCCCCGAGCUCUCCCUUGCGAGAAUUUUGUACAUGAGAGUUGUUUAACUUGGUUAAAGGAGACUGGCAUCUUUCAUUCAUUAUAUAGUUUUGCUUGUUUUUGAUGUAUCUUUAGCUCUACAUACAUACGGCACAGUUCAUAUUUCCUUCUGUAUUUUUUUCAAGCUACUGUGGUUUCAGACCAAAUA